AUUAUUCUCAUUAAGUGGAUUAAUUUAAUGAGGCGCAUGUUAUUAUGUCGCGUAGUAUAAAAAUAAUAAUUACAAAAACUGUGUAGCCAGUCAUCAGGAAUUCAGGUUAAGGCUGCUGCUAUAUAAAGGGUGGAUGUUCCAAGGCCAACAGCAGUCAGUUCAAGUAGUACUGUCAUCAGCUUUGCAACACACAAAAGGAAGAGACCAGUGUGCAGCAAUCAGCAUACAAGCUACUGAAGGAGAUAAGCAGGUCUAUUGCACUACAUGUCAGACCAGCAUUCACUAGCGGGGCAUAGUCACCACCAUCUAGGGAGCAGCAGCUUAAAGUUGUCUUCUUCUUCAUCACCUUCUUCCAGUUCUCUUGCUACCGGAGGUAGUGGUUCUAGUGGAUCGUUGAGUGGUUAUUCAGCUGCAGGGUCAAUAACAAGGAGAAUGAGAAAUACUGCAGUGCUAGUCAAGUGGAUCGAGGACCACCAGUCCAAUCCAUACCCAACUAAAGCAGAGAAGCAAUAUCUAGCCUACUAUUCAGGGAUGAACAUGACUCAACUCUCGACUUGGUUCGCAAACGCCAGGCGGAGGAUCAAGAAGAUAGGAAUGAAGACGUGGCUUGAGGGGCGCUCCACAUUCUCACUCGAUUACUUCCCAACUCCUCGGGCGAGCUCCAUAGGCUCUCUGGACUCAUUUACAGCUGGCUCUUAUCAUGGGCUAUCCUCAUCUCCAUAUGCAUCUGCUGCAGCUGCUACUUACGGUGCUUUAACCAAUGGCCUUCAUUCCAGCUACCCAAGUCAACAAAACACACUUCUCUCAGGAGGUUCAGGCAUGACAAGCCACUUGACUAAUGGCUUAGGGGGAACGAGCUACGAUUCAAGCACCCUCCAACCCACGUCUUCUACCACUCCGCCUCUUAGCGGGUUUUAUGGCACUCGGUCAAUGAGUUUGGGUAUGCCAGCCCUACCAGUUGGCCAGUGGCCAUCUACCCCUAUACUCUCUUCGCCUCCUGUAUCUUUCCACAGUCGUCCCUCAUCUGGUAACACAGCUCCCUUACACUCUCCAUUGACUGCACAGGUCUAUAGUGCAGACACUUCUUUGAGAACUCACUCGGCACAAAGUAUCGACGUCGGAGACUCAUCGUAUUCGUCGCUACAGCAGCACUCUCCCGAUCAAAUGUUACCCGAGUGUGCAUCAACAGAGCCAAUGCUCUCGGAUCACAAAAGUGGAGUGACACUUCAGAACUAGCUAUAUUCGCAAUUUUUGUAUUUCUCUGUAUGUAGCAUCUUUCAUACAUUAUAUGCAUUUUGUUAGUCACUCUAUUAUUCACUCACAAUAAAGGAGAAAUGGCAGCAGCUGGCUUUUUCAUUAUACCUUCACUUUUCUAUUAUCUUGUCAUGUUAUCACUCUCUAUAUACCUUUCUUUUACUUGAUAUUCUUUUCUCUAUCCCUCUUUUGCAUCUUA